CUUUGCCGCAGACAUUAUUGUACCAUUUAACUUAUUCUUUGUGUUUUGUUGGCAGAGGAAGACAGAACGAGUGAAAAUUUCAUGUCUAUCCUGGAGAAACAGAACCUGGUAUUCCUGUUCCCACUGCUUCAUAUUCAAGCUGAUCUUUUCUCCAAGAUCGAGGAAGAUCCCAGCGUCACUGCAAUCUACAAGUGGGUCAAGGACAAUGUCGACUCUUCCUGGCACACCAAUCCAGAGUUUAUUAACGUACUCACCACUUGCUUGCUGAAGUACGCAACCAAAGACAGUACUCUCGCUGAAGGCGUGGACACAUCACAGGCUCCAGAAAAGGACUUGCUAGACAAGGAGAAAGCCACUUUGAAGAAAUUACUGCCAUUAGUGGAAAAGUUUGUUCACGAGAAAAGUGCCUUGCAAGUCAGCGUGUUGUAUGCAUUGCAAGUGUUUUGCCACAGUCAUAACUUUCCUAAAGGCAUGUUGUUGCGUAUGUUUGUGUUGUUGUACGACACAGAAGUUGUGGAAGAAGAAGCGUUUUUGAAGUGGAAAGAAGAUGUAAGCGAGAAGCAUCCAGGCAAAGGAAAAGCUCUCUUUCAGGUGAACGCAUGGCUGACGUGGUUGGAGACCGCUGAUGAGGAGGGUACAGACUCAGAAGCCGAGUAACCAGGCCUGCACCACCCCUUAGAGGAAAAGAAAAGUAAAGAAAUCUGUCACACGCCCUGUCUAACGCAAAUAAGAUACUUGAGAGAGAAAGCAGUAAGAAAAAAAAAACCAAAACCAAAAAAUUGAAAAACAGUAGAAAAAUACAGUAAAUAGGGAUUUUUAAUUAUCUCUUUUUCCAGAAGUAAUUCGUUUCAGACUCAAGCAACUUGAUCUAGUUCAUUUCACAUGUUACUCAUAAAAAUACGAGCAGUGUUGCUCUGUUCUGCCUGUUUUGUCAUGUUCCCCUUGUCAGUUACCUCUCUAACGUAAUUUACCCAUGUACAUUUCAACGAGGCUACUUUUAAGUGCUAAGCAAAACUCCACCGCGACAAGGCAACGUCUCAAAUAUGUAGCUGAAGCCUUUUGCACACAUGCAUUACUGUUACUGGAAAGCAAACCCUUAUUAACGCGGCUCCAAAAUGUUUAGCUUUAAUUUUUUUUUUCAGUUAACUUGCUUGCUAUUUGCGUACGAUUACAGUACGGCUUAGUGAAUUUGAAUUUGUUUGUAAAUCUCUCUGUAGAUUUUUCGACUGUAAAUUCUAGUCUCCAGUUUGUUUAGUCAGCCCAGGUAAUGACUAACUAUUCUACUUGUUCCAAGUGAACACCAAAGGAAAAAAAAACAACAACAAACCUAGCAGAGUUCUGGUAA